UGUGUACUCCGCUGCAAGGAUCCUAUGAUGUCAAAUCUUCAAACGCACUGAAAAGUUCUCUGUCCUCUGAAACAUGUCAACGGACUAGGAAACAGAAGAGUGAGACAAAUCUGAACAGUGAGAAUAGUGCACCUACCCCUGUAACGGGAAGGGGACUUGCAUCUCUUGGUUCAACAUCAGCUAAUAGGAUUCUGAAGCCUAAAAAAGAUCUUAUCCUUAUGAAAGAGAAAAAGAAACAGAAGACACUGGAGAAGGAGAUUCGUGCAUUAGUGAGAGAGCGUGGAGAGCAGGAUAAAAAACUUCAGGCUCUGGAUGAGGAUUUUGUUAAAAUGGAAGCAAAACUGAGUGCUGCAGUUCAGGAGAAAACAUCUCUUUUGGCGACUGUUGCAUGCCUAAAAAAACAGCUUCUGGAACUAACAAGAACUAAUGAACUACUUAAGUCAAAGCUGUCUGAAGAUGGCAUGCAGAAGAAAAUGAGCAGCCUAUGCAUGGAGUUAAUGAAGCUCAGAAACAAGAAGGAUGCUAAGGAAAAGACUGCACUUGCAAAGCAAGAAGAUAUGGAAACGAAGCUGCAGGAAGCGCAAAGGAAUCUAGAGCAUUCAAAAGGAAAAGUAGCACAGUUAGAAGAAAAACUGUCUGCUACUGAGAGAGGGAAAGUUGAAGAAAAGUCUGACACUGAAAAGCUCCUGGAAUAUAUCACAGAGCUCAGUAGUAUUGCAGAAACAGUUGAGAAAUACAAAGCAGAUGUUGCCCAGAUGGAGAAGACACUGAUAAAGAAAGACCAAGAUAUUGAGAUCCUGAGGGAUACCCUCAAAACAAAAGAGGAAGAAUCAUUUAAACUACUAGAACUUAAUGAAAGGUGUCAAUUGCUUCAACAAGAAAAAGAGAAAGAGUUAUCUGAGACCAGAGGAAAAUUCCUGAGUAUGAAUGCUGAAAUAGAAGACCUGAAAAAAAAAAUUAGCUUAGAAGAACAAGAACACCAAAAACUGCUUCAGAAACAUGAGGAGAUAGUCUCUCAGCUGCAGCAAGAGAAAGAGUCAUCUGCAUGUAUGCACCAGAAGUUACUAGAGUUUCAAGAUGAGGUGACACGUGAGAGACUUCUUCUUGAGGAGGAGCUGAAUGAUACUAUGAAUGAGCUGAAUAAAUUACAUGCGAAGGAGAAGAAAGCUGAAAAGUUGGUGAAGAGUUUGGAACAAGAAAUAAAAUCUCAAGCUCUUGAACUUAAACAGAUGGAAGUCAAGUUGAAAGGGAAGAAUGCUGAGUUGGAGCAAAUCAAUGAAACGCACAGCAAUGCUGUUUUGCAAAUCCAAGAAGAGCAUAGCAAUACAUUGUGUAAACUUGAAAAGACUCUUGCGGACUUUGAAAGCUACAAGACGACAAUAGCUGAAGAAAUAUGCGGUCUUAAACUGGAGAACACCACUUGGCAAGAAGAAGUUGCCAACCUAAAAAAAAUAGGCCAAGAUAAUCUACAGCUGCUACAGGAAGCAGAACAAGCUAAACACAAAGCAAGAGAAGAAUGUGCAAGGAUGCUUUUAGAAGUCCAGACAAAACUUGCGCUAAAAGAAGCAGAAACGGAGAGAAUCAAAGAAUCUUGCUUUGCAGAAAUGAUUAAACUUCAGGAAAAACUGGAAGAGCAAACUGAAGAUCUCAAAAAGAAACUUGAAGUAGAAAGAUCAAGGAAAACCGUAAAUGAAGAUGUGACCUCCAGCUUAAAAGAAGAGAUAAAGAGCUGGCGUAAUCUAUAUGAAGAUUUACAUAACAAAACUAAGCCUUUUCAGCAACAACUAGAUGCAUUUGAAGCAGAGAAGAAUGCACUCUUAAAUGAGCAUGGUGCAACCCAAGAGGAACUGACUAAACUAAGUGAUGCAUAUGCUAAACUACUUGGCCACCAGAACCAGAAGCAAAAAAUAAAGCAUGUUAUGAAGUUGAAGGAAGAGAAUACCCACCUGAAGCAGGAUGUCUCAAAGCUGCGUGCAUUGCUAGGAAAAGUAAAGCAAAGCAACAGAGAUCUUGAGGAGCAACUCUGUGCAAUUCAGGGAAUUAGGCGUUUUGAUCCUUCCAAAGCUUUCCAGCACGACAGCAAGCAAAAUGGUCCUCCAGAAACUCCUUUUAAAGAAGGUAAUAAAAACAAAAUUUAA